AUGUCCGAACAUAAGGAGGAAUACGUUGUUUUAGAAAAGACUCAAUUGUCUGUGUCCACACAAAGUUUAACUUCGGAUCCAGAAAGCCAGUCGCAAAACCCAUUUGAAGAUUUUGAUGAAGCUGAGCGCUGGAGAAAAGUUUACGAGUCCAGUGGCUAUGAGGGGUUGUCUAAAUUUGAUCCCGAGUUUUCUUGGAGUAAGGAUGAAGAGAGAAGGGUAGUGAGAAAAAUAGACUUGAAGAUUUUCUUGUGGGUCUUUAUCAUGUUUUGUUUUCUCGAUUUGAUAAGAAAAAACAUUGCCAGGGCUGUCUCAGAUAACUUCAUUACCGAUUUAAAGAUGAAUACUAAUGACUACAACCUUGGGCAGACUGUUUAUCUAGUUUUAUUUCUGGUGAGUGAGCUACCUGGUAAUCUGCUGUCUAAAAGAUUUGGUCCAGAAAGAGUCAUACCAAUUCAAAUUGUCCUCUGGAGUAUCAUCUGUAUUACGCAAGCAGGUUUGAAAAAUAAAGCUCAGUUUAUUGCCACUAGAUGUUUAUUAGGAAUUGUGCAAGGUGGAUUUAUUCCAGAUAACAUAUUAUACCUGUCUUAUUAUUACACCGGAGCCGAGCUUACUUUUCGCUUAAGUUUCUUCUGGUGUGCUAUCCCCCUUUUCCAAAUUCUAGGCUCACUCUUUGCUUCCGGUGUUUUAGAGAUGCGAGGAGUUCAUAACUUGGCUGGAUGGCAGUAUUUGUUCAUCAUUGAAGGAUUUAUAUCCCUAGCCAUUGGUGUGGCAUCCUUUUAUUUGAUGCGCAGGGGCCCCACUCAAACUGGUGAGUCUGCGUUCCAUAAUGGGAAAUCGCUUUUCACUGAGUAUGAAGAAAAAGUUAUGGUUAAUAGAAUUUUACGGGAUGAUCCAUCAAAGGGUGAUAUGAGCAAUAGGCAACCCGUUACUUUUAAGGAAAUUUUGUAUACCUUAACGGAAUUUGAUCUCUGGCCACUAUUCAUACAAGGAAUCACAGGAUUUAUAUCUUUACAAACCGUUACACCUUACAUGUCGUUGAUCUUAAAAAGCAUGAAUUUCUCCACCUUUCUUUCAAAUAUUUUGGCAAUUCCAGGUCAAGCUUUGCUAUUAAUUAAUCUACCAUUAGUGGCAUUGCUAUCACGCAAAUUGAAAGAGAAAUCACUUUGUGUAGGAAUUGCGAACGUUUGGGUGCUUCCUUUUAUUGUUUCUUUAGUCGCUUUGCCAACAGAUACAAAUCCAUGGAUAAAGUACGUAUUACUCACCGGAAUACUUGGCCUUCCCUACACUCACUCCAUUCUUGCAGGUUGGGUUUCCGAAAUUUCAAAUUCGGUGAGAUCGCGUGCGAUAGGGACAGCAUUAUACAAUAUGAGUGCUCAGAUUGGAACAAUUAUUGCUUCCAACUUGUACAGAAAUGACGAUAAGCCCUACUAUGUCAAGGGUAACAAGGCUCUUCUAGGAUUUACUUGUUUCAACAUUUGCAUGGCAGUUGCCACAAAGUUCUACUAUAUUAGUAGAAAUAGAUAUAAAGAACGCAAAUGGAAUUUAAUGACAAAAGAAGAACAGACCAAUUACUUGGACACUACUAGUGAUCUAGGAAUGAAGCGCCUUGAUUAUAGAUUUAUCCACUAA